AAGGAGGAUGGACAAGGGACAGAAGGGUUCCGGGGAGCGUAGAUUUAUUCCACCAUGUCAAUAAUGCCGGAAGUGUUUUUAUUUGCCAAAGACACUUCUUAUUAAGAGUUUAGUCUCCUAAGCAAUUGAGCGAUUGUAGAUGGACCCACUGCUGGCCUGGUCCACCCAGGUGCAACCAUAUGGAAUCGGCUCAACAGCCAUAGUUCCUUAUCAUUUUCCGCCACUGCAGGACCAAGACCCGAGCCCCGCCGCCAGGACCGAGAACGUUGCAUUGCGCCUGCGCUCAAAACCUCUGCGCCAAAGGAGCCGGUGUGCCCUUAACUAGGCCUCGGGAGGACGCAAGCUGCUGCACGAGUCUGCGCAGGCGCGCCCCCCUGACGAACGCUCGCCAGUGCGCAGGCGCCUAUCUUAGCUGGUCUUCUCGUCCCAGGGCUUGCCGCCGAGGGGUUCUGCUUCCGGGUCACGCCUUGACAGCGGCUUCCCACACCCCGCUCAGCCUUGCAAUUCGUUUGGAGCAUGUGAACACCUGAACCUUGAUGAGUUCCAGUAUGUGGUAUAUUAUGCAGAGCAUUCAGAGCAAAUACUCUCUUUCGGAGCGCUUAAUCCGAACAAUUGCUGCCAUCCGUUCCUUCCCACAUGAUAACGUAGAGGACCUCAUCAGAGGGGGAGCAGAUGUGAACUGCACCCAUGGCACUCUGAAGCCCUUGCACUGUGCCUGUAUGGUGUCAGAUGCUGACUGCGUGGAGUUACUUCUGGAAAAAGGAGCCGAGGUGAACGCCCUGGAUGGGUAUAACCGAACAGCCCUCCACUAUGCAGCAGAGAAAGACGAGGCUUGUGUGGAGGUCCUGCUGGAGUAUGGUGCAAACCCCAAUGCUUUGGAUGGCAACAGAGAUACCCCACUUCACUGGGCAGCCUUUAAGAACAAUGCUGAGUGUGUGCGGGCUCUCCUAGAGAGUGGGGCUUCUGUCAAUGCCCUGGAUUACAACAAUGAUACACCGCUCAGCUGGGCUGCCAUGAAGGGAAAUCUUGAGAGUGUCAGCAUCCUUCUGGAUUAUGGCGCGGAGGUCAGAGUCAUCAACCUCAUAGGCCAGACACCCAUCUCCCGCCUGGUGGCUCUGCUAGUCAGGGGACUUGGAACAGAGAAAGAGGACUCUUGCUUUGAGCUUCUCCACAGAGCUGUUGGCCAUUUUGAAUUGAGGAAAAAUGGUAGCAUGCCACGGGAGGUGGCCAGAGAUCAGCAGCUGUGUGAAAAACUGACUGUUCUGUGCUCAGCUCCAGGAACCCUAAAAACACUCGCUCGCUAUGCUGUGCGCCAUAGCCUGGGACUCCAGUAUCUGCCGGAUGCAGUGAAGGGCCUUCCACUGCCAGCUUCCUUGAAGGAAUACCUGUUACUUUUAGAAUAGCCCAGAGAAGGUGUUGGCACCGGCACGCAGGCAGCUCUGGGUGAGGUUGUACCUGCGGUACACUUUGUCACAGAAGUGUUCCUGUUGUGUGGUUUAUAGAUUUUGAAGCAGCAUGUCACAAUCGUAACCUCCAUACCACCUCCCUCCCCAGACCAAACAGCCAAAGAAAAAAAAAUCCCUUACUUUUAUUUUCUUCUGUUGCUUACUUGGCUUUUUAUAUUGCCCUCUGCAAAAGAAGAGGGUCUCCCGCAACCCUUCCCUUAGGAAAGGAGUCAGCAGUGCAGCUAAAUUUCUCUACAAAGAUGGAAAGUACUUAAUGAACGUGUGUGUGGUUUUCCUUUGGGGACGUGGUUAAUGGUCCAGAAGAAUCCCCUCUAGAAAGCGUUUUAGAUCGGGUGCAGUGGCUCAUGCCUGUAAUCCAUCCCAGCGCUUUGGGAGGCUGAGGCGGGCAGAUCACCUGAGGUCAGGAGUUUCAGACCAGCCUGACCAAUACGAUGAAACCCCAUCUCUACUAAAAAUACAAAAACUAGCUGGGUGUGGUGACAGGCACCCGUAAUCCCACCUACUCGGGAGGCUGAGACCGGAGAAUCACCUGAACCCAGGAGGCAGAUUGCACUCUAGCCUGGGCAACAAGAGCGAAACUCUAUCUCAAAAAAAAAAUCUGUGAAGAAGUUUAAGAAAAAUCACAAUUUCAGCUAACACAGUUGCAUCCCAAAGAUGAGGAUACUGUAACCUCAAAUGGUGCAGAUUCAGAACUGGGCUGGAUGACAUCCCCCGUGUGCCAUGUCCUUGGGCAUUCGGAAGGGACUGGACCUCUCCCCUCAUCAGAGGAGACAGCAGUCUUUGCGUCUUUCUCAUGGUUGUGCCCAAGAGCCACAGUAGCUCUGAAAUAACAUACAUAGCUGUAUUACUACUAUUUCAGAGAUUAUCUUGCUGCUUUCCUUAUAGAAGAGAAAGCAGGUUCUGUGCAGUCCUAAGAACUGAAGUCCUCGGAACUGACCUUCGAAUGCAGCUCUUUCUCUCCCUGAGAGCCAGUCUGUUCUAAUGGGCUUCGCAGGCAGCUCCUGCACCUGUGGUGUUGGUUCCAGCAGGGAGGACCUUCGGGCUGGGCUGCCUUUUCCCGUGGGUCUUCAUUCCCAGUGGAAAGUUCAGUCUGCUUACAGUUUGGAGUAACUUUUCUUUCAGUUGUUCCGGAAACGUUGCUUUUUACUGAUUUAUACAACACAUUGGUGGGAGGGUAGAGUUGGGAUGGGGUUGGAGAAAGCAUAGAAGAGCUGCUUUUGUGAUGGUCCAUCUACCCAAAAGAGAUCUGCUUUAGUGAACAAUAUGCUUUCAUUUCAUGUUGCUAAACUAGAUCAAGUUGUUACUGAUUUCAGAUGACGUGUAUGCAAAUUUGAAAACUUUUUUUUUAAGUUGAUUGGGAACUGCAAUGAAUGGAAUCUACUGACACAGCUAAUUGGAAAACAGAUGUCCGCUUUUGUCCUUUUACUGCUGGUGUUUAAAAGACACCAUUUAAAAAAUGAAGAAUAAAUAAAUAGUUCUAAAAGCAA